GGAAACGGAGCUGGGGCCAAGACAACCCAACCUGGCCUUUCACAACUCUGGCUCGCUCGCUUAAAUCCAGAAUACAACGCUGGUGGGUUAGCUCCCCCAGCAACCCCGACUUUCUGCCAGACUAUUGGAAUCUGAAAUCGAGCAAAGACUGCAAUGUGGUCGGAACCCAUGGAACAGGGCACCACACACUGACAUUACUGCGCAGUAGUGCAGCAGUAGCAUGAAAAAGCCUGGACCGGAUGGGCUCGUUGGAGUGUGUGGCGCGCCCAGUCAAGCCUGAUAAAUCGGACAUGGUCCCGGAACACAACGCCAGCCCAGAUGCCACUGCCGCUGCUGCCCUCGCCCUCCUCCUUCCCCCCCCAGAGUCAUCAUUUGCUGUUCGAACGGCAGAAGCCGCUCUGUCGCGAUGAAGUCUCACGCCUUCGCCCUCCUCGUCCCCUCGAUCCUCGCCUGGACGGCGGCGGCCGAACUGACAUUCUCGGCCACAGCCGUCCACGCGGGCAAGCAAGUGGAUACCUCGGGCCUCGAGUUCCUGCCGAUCCCCCCGAGAUCGCACCACCACCGCAACUCGAGCUCGCCACUGUCCCGGUCCCGCCCCCGCCCCGGAAAGAGGGCCGCCGUCAGCUACAGCGACAACUGGUGCGGCGUGUCGCAGCACACCACCGCCGCAAACCCCAUCACCGGCGUGUCCGGCGUCUUCUCCACGCCCUCGCUGACCAUCCGGCCGUCCGAGUCCAUCCCGCAGUUUGCCGCCGCCUGGAUCGGCAUUGACGGCGCCUCGUGCCAAAACAGUCUCUUGCAAGCCGGGACGAGCACGGUGGUCAAUUCCAAUGGCGGACAGAGUGCCUCUGCAUGGUGGGAAUGGGUGCCGAAUGCAUCGUACUCAAUAUCCGGGUUCCCUGUGAAACCCGGUGACUGGAUUGACGUCAACAUCACGACGUCCUCGCCGACAAAUGCCAAAAUCGUGAUGACCAACUACAACCGCGACUACAGCCUCACGCUCGUGCUAAACAACGGGCCCGAGCUCUGCCGCCUGGACGCCGACUGGAUCAUCGAGGACUUUGACGACGCCGACGGCCAGGUGGCGUUCCCGCGGUUUGACGACAUCUGGUUCGAGGACUGCGUCGCCACCACCGCCAAGGGGACCAACAUCGGCAUCGACGGCGCCGCCAUGAUCUACCUCGGCCACGACACCGCGAGCGCCACGUGCCGUGCCGAGCAGUACGACAAUGAGAACUUUUACUGCUACUCGCAGAACUGAGCGAGCUGCCGUGGAGAGAGAGAGUGUGUGUGUGUGUGCCCCUGUACCACUUCUUCCUCUGUACCUUUUUUUCUACCAAGGAGGAGAGGGGCACGCGGUUUCAGUUUAGACGGAUACAGCGCCAGCCUCAAGCUUAGACUAGGAGAUCACCGGGGGAGUAUGGGUUUGGACAGUGGAUGCAACCCCGUCCUUGGUGCCAUGGACGUGGAGCACAGAUGAUCAGAACCUUCAAGAUCCCAUCCCUCUGUUUCCCGGGUUGGUCGAUCGCAUAUGUAAUCAUGUAUAAUAAUCAUAAGAUGAUGGUAGUGCCUUGUAUAUAUCCCUUGAUAAAUCUGGCCUAUUUAAUACAUGCCAGUCAAGCCAGAAGC